AUGCCUCCCGGCGGCGGCGGGCCCAUGAAAGACUGCGAGUACAGUCAGAUCAGCACCCACAGCUCCUCCCCCAUGGAGUCGCCCCACAAGAAGAAGAAAAUCGCGGCGCGGAGGAAAUGGGAGGUUUUCCCGGGAAGAAACAAGUUCUUCUGCAACGGCAGGAUCAUGAUGGCCCGGCAGACGGGCGUCUUCUACCUGACUCUCAUCCUCAUCCUGGUCACUAGCGGACUCUUCUUCGCCUUCGACUGCCCGUAUCUAGCAGUGAAAAUCACCCCCGCCAUCCCCGUGGUUGGUGGCAUUCUGUUCUUCUUUGUGAUGGGGACCCUGCUUCGCACCAGCUUCAGUGACCCGGGAGUCCUUCCGCGAGCCACGCCGGAUGAAGCCGCCGACCUGGAAAGGCAAAUAGAUAUCGCAAACGGCACCAGUUCAGGGGGGUACCGCCCACCUCCCAGAACCAAAGAAGUCAUCAUCAAUGGCCAGACUGUGAAACUUAAAUAUUGUUUCACCUGCAAGAUUUUCCGGCCCCCUCGUGCCUCUCAUUGUAGCCUUUGCGAUAACUGCGUAGAACGGUUUGAUCACCACUGUCCCUGGGUAGGCAACUGUGUGGGGAAAAGAAACUACAGAUUUUUUUAUAUGUUUAUUUUAUCUCUGUCUUUUCUGACAGUCUUUAUACUUGCAUUCGUUAUCACCCACGUCAUUCUUCGUUCACAACAAACAGGAUUCCUAAAUGCUCUUAAGGACAGUCCUGCCACUGUGCUGGAGGCCGUGGUGUGCUUCUUCUCCGUCUGGUCUAUCGUCGGCCUCUCGGGUUUCCACACAUACCUGAUCAGCUCCAACCAGACGACAAAUGAAGAUAUUAAAGGAUCUUGGUCAAAUAAAAGAGGUAAAGAAAAUUACAAUCCCUACAGCUACGGAAAUAUCUUUACAAAUUGCUGUGUUGCCCUGUGUGGGCCCAUCUCUCCAAGCCUGAUUGACAGAAGAGGAUACAUCCAGCCUGACACACCGCAGCCAGCCGCACCCUCCAAUGGCAUUGCCGCCUACGGAGCCACGCAGUCACAGAGCGACAUGUGUGACCAAGACCAGUGCAUUCAGAGCACCAAAUUCGUUUUGCAGGCCGCGGCCACGCCCCUGCUGCAGAGCGAGCCUAGCCUCACCAGCGACGAGCUGCACCUGCCCGGGAAGCCGGGCCUGGGCACUCCCUGUGCCAGCCUGACGCUGGGGCAGCCCACGCCGCCCUCCUCCAUGCCCAACCUCACCGCGGAGGCCGCGCUGACAGACAUACUGCCCCUGAAAGAGGAGCACGUGGGCCACCAGUUUCUGACUCCAGAGGAAGCACCCUCGCCGCCCAGGAUGCUGGCGGGCAGCCCCCUGGCCCACAGCCGCACCAUGCACGUCCUCGGUCUGGCCAGCCAGGACUCUCUGCAUGAGGACUCCGUGCGCGGCCUGGUGAAGCUCAGCUCCGUGUGA